AUGUCAUACCGUGGUCCGAAUCAGUUUCCCAAUCAAUUUAAUCAACAACAACCACAACAACCAAACAUCAACAUCCCUCCAAGACAACCCCAUACUAUUGGCCCCAUAACCAGUUCAAAAUCACCCUUGGAGCAAUUUGAACACUAUAGUAAAAAAAUUGAGGAUUUGAUUGAUGAAAAAUUCAAGCCAUUGAAACCAUAUGUGCCAGCUAUUGGAAGAGCCUUUUUAGUGGCUACUUUUUACGAAGAUACUUUGAGAAUUUUCUCUCAGUGGAAUGAACAGGUCUAUUAUUUGCACAAUUAUAGACACUACUGGAGAUGGUUUACUGUUGUGUUUUUGUUCAACAACAUGUUGGUCAUGACUAUUGCUUCGACAUUGGUGAUUGCUAGAAAAAAGAUCAAUAUUGCUACAGUUGCAUUGAUCUUUGUUGUUAUUGCUCAAGGUAUUGUUUAUGGAUUAUUGUUUGAUUCUCAGUUCAUUUUGAGAAAUUUGUCGGUUGUUGGUGGGUUGGUGUUGGCCUUUUCCGAUACUAUUAUUAGAGAUAAACGGUCAUUGAAUAUGCCCGGUUUGCCCAUGUUGAAUAAUCAAGAUAACAAGAAAUACUUUUUAUUGGCAGGGAGAAUAUUAUUGGUUCUUUUGUUUUUAGGAUUUGUAUUUUCGUCAGAAUGGUCCUUGGGUAGAGUCUUGAUCAUUAUUGUGGGUAUUGCUUCUUGUGCUUCAAUAAUUGUGGGUUACAAGACCAAGUUUGCUGCUGCUGUCAUGUUGGCCUUGUUGUUUGUGUACAAUGUGGUUACUAACCAAUUCUGGAGCUAUGGUGGACGUGAUGCUAGAAGAGAUUUCUUGAGAUAUGAAUUUUUCCAAGUGUUGUCCAUUGUUGGUGGAUUGUUGUUGGUGGUUAAUGCCGGUGCUGGAGAAUUUUCCAUUGAUGAAAAGAAGAAGAUCUACUAG